UGCAGUAAGAUGUUCAGGGGGAUAAUUCAGCGAUGAGGAAGCACCUGCACACUCACGGUCCGCGGGUUCACGUGUGCGCCGAGUGUGGGAAAGCCUUCGUGGAGAGCUCCAAACUCAAGCGCCAUCAGCUGGUGCACACCGGAGAGAAACCCUUCCAGUGCACGUUCGAGGGCUGUGGGAAGCGCUUCUCUCUGGACUUUAAUCUUCGGACACACGUCCGGAUUCACACCGGGGACCGGCCGUACGUUUGCCCGUUCGACGGCUGCAAUAAAAAGUUUGCUCAGUCCACCAACCUCAAAUCACACAUCCUGACACACGCCAAAGCCAAAAGCACCCAAUGAACUGCGGCGCGGCGUGGACACACUGGACGUGAAGCAGUGGUUCUCACACGGACUGAAGGAGCUCGCACCUCGUGACACGGCUCUGUCGGUGGAUGAGGCUCUACACUGCAGAUCAACAGACGACAACAUCAGGACUGUUGCUUCCUCCUCCACUCUUACUCCGUUCUCUCUGGUCUUCAUAUGGCUUUUCAUUUUCUCUUUCUCCAAGUGUGCAUAUUGUACACUUCUUUUGGUAAGCGACCUGUGAUCAUGAAUAAUCCCGAGAGUUGCUGACGAGAGCUGAUGUUGUUUGCUGUGAGCGAUGUGUGUGUGUGUUUCUUUCUGUUGUUUGUGUGGUUGUUCAUGAUCUGAGCGAGAGACUUCGUCCUCUAUCUGAUCACUUACAGCUCCACGCUUUUCUUUGUUAGAAUGUAUUGUAAAGGUCCAAACCAUGAACUAUCCUUCGUUGAUAUUUACACCUCACCUGUAUUUCAGCAAACUACAAUUAAAGAAGGAAAAAUCAGCUUUUGUCAACUUAAUUUGCUUCUCUAGAAUCAUGCUGACAUUAAAGGACAUGUCUGAUUGGAACAUAGUCUAGACAUAAGCUCGUUAUCUUGUGUUCUUUAUAUACCAUUAAAUUACUUAUUUGU